ACUAAGCAACAUCCAAUCUGUCCUCUCUCCCACGGGGCGACUACAAAAUUCGAAACCCAUUCCCUCUCAUUUCUCAAGAAAAUCGAAGAAAACUGAACUGUGUCCUCUUCCAAAGAAAAAAUGGCGGACAGGGAAGAAGAAGAAAGCAAACCAGACCUCAACGAUAAGAAAAUCCCGGUCUUCACCGUCCUAAAGAACGGCGCAAUUCUCAAGAACAUCUUCAUACUCAACAAUUUUCCAAAUCCAGGGAACGAGGAGGAGGUAAUAAUCCUCGGACGACACCCAGAUUGCAACAUAAUGCUGACACACCCCAGCAUUAGCAGAUUCCAUCUCCAAAUCCAUUCGAAUCCCUCUUCGCUAAAGCUCUGUUUGGUGGAUUUGUCAUCGGUGCACGGAACAUGGGUUUCAGGGAAGAAGAUUGAAGCAGGGGCUAGAGUGGAGAUGAGGGAAGGGAAUACUCUGAGAGUCGGUGGUUCAAGCCGAAUUUACAGACUUCAUUGGGUUCCUUUGAGCCGUGUUUAUGAUUUCGAAAUAGAGAAGAAAGAAGAGGAAGUUGCAAUUGCAGAGGAAAGAGCUGUGGAGAAUUGUGAGAUCGUUUUGCAGAAGGAGAACUCAUUGUUGGAUGAAAAGAAAGAAACUGUGAAGGAUUUAUUUUUUGGUAAUAUUGUUGAGCCUUUGUAUUCUGAUGAGGAUUGGAGCAUAGAGAUGAUGAAAGAGGUCACUUCAGCACCUCCAAUGGGUGAAUUUGAGGGCAUGGUUGUGUCUCCGGUUGAUGGUGGUGAAAGCGAGAGUCACUUGAGAAAUGAAUGCCCACAGGAGGAAACUUGUUUGUUGAGCAAACCUUUCGGAAACGAAUCGAAAAGUUUGUUUGCGCCUCUUUCAGCAGAGAAUCUGUCUUUCAAUGUUGAAAACAUUAUCAUGUCCUCAUUCUUUGGCAGUGAAAACAAGAGUACGUCGAGUAUAUGGACCAUGCCAUUGGAAAAUGAAUCAAGAAUUUCUUCGAGUGGAAAUCAACAAUUGCUGCACCAUGGAAAGGAGAGCCCUCAAUCCGUUUCUCUGCCUCUUUCAGCAGAGAAUUUGUCUUUCAAUGUUGAAAACAUUAUCAUGUCUUCAUUCUUUAGCAGUGAAAGCAAGAGUUCGUCAAGUAAUACGUUUGAUCAGGAGGAAACUGAUAGAAGCUGGACCAUACCGUUGGAAAAUAAAUCAAAAAAUCUGUCUGUGGUUGAUGAUAGGAAGCCUGCUCCAGCGAACGGAUAUCGACAAUUUGACAAUGAAAACCAGAGCCCACAAACCCAUUCCGUGCCUCUUUGCAAAGAGAAUUCUUCUAAUGUUGAAGACAAUGACAUGUUUGAACAGAAGGAAAUUAGUAGCAUCAUGACCAUACCACUUGGACAUGAACUAACCGAUGAGGCUGUGGCGGAUGAUGCAAAGCCUAUUUCACACGAAAGUCAAAACUUUGAUCUCGAAAAUGAAUCACCCCAAUCCGUGCUUCUUUCAGGGAAGAAUUUGUCUUCAGAUGUUGAAACCCAAAAUCUUUCAAUAUGUGAAGUAAAUUCUCUCAUUUACGAUGUUGGAAAUGUUGUAGAAACUAUCACAGAAAAGGAAGAGUUAAUGGUAGAGCAUGAGCUGCAUCCUCUGGAAUACAAUCAUUCUUCAGUUAGCACAGAAGAAAGGAUUCACGAAACGGAAACACUAGACAAAAUCGAAACAGAAGUUGAGGAAGUUAAUGUAGAUGAAGGAAAUGGAGAUUUCUAUCAUACAUAUCAGGUAAAAGAGUCUCUUCUGAAUUGGCAAUCACAGUACAUAAAUGAGACCUCUAUGAAGUCUACACCUGAGGUAAUACCAAACUUGCCAAUGAACCAGAAUGUUGGAUGUUGUGUUGAAGAAAAAGAUACUGCAGGAUACGAAACACUCAAACCGACCAAAAGCGUACAGGAGAAGGACCAUGAACAGAAGGAACUCUCAGAGCCCGGUACUGUGUCUUCUUCAAUGGAAUUUGUUAACUCAUCUCUUCCGGAUGAGGAUGUUUCCCUGGAGAUUUCAGUUGAGAAAGAAUUUCAGACACCGAGAUCUGAUAAUGUAUCAGCCAUGGGGGAUAGCAUUUGGUUAAGAAGAGGUAAACCAAAUAGUUUUCCUCGAAUCGAAACAGGCGUGAAUCGAGCAAAUCGAGUAGGGACGUCUUUAACGGAUGAAAUUAAUCAUGAAAUAGCAGAAGAUGAAACAGUAGUAAAUACCCUUCUCCCAAUUUUGGGUGAGGAGGAAGAAGAAAUCUUUACUCCAGACAAGGAGAAUUUCACACCAAACACACUUUUGAUGAAGUCAUUGAAAAAGAAGGCUAACAUAGAAGACAGUGUGAAGAAUUCCUCCAGGCCAUCCAAGUCCCAAUCAUCAAUUUUCAAGUCUAGACAAAAAAUCAAACCAGAAGAACUAAGUGAAGAAUCAGACAAAGAGAACCAAACUCCCAGAUUUCUCCAAGAACAGAAACUGGCAAAAAGUAUCUCUAAGAAUAGGAGGUUUGGAAAGGAUAAAAAAGUGAUGAAGAGAGGGGGAGGAGAACGGGCACCGUUUCAAUCUUUGCAGUCGAACUUGGCCGGAAAAAAGAGACCGGAGGUUACUGUAGUUAAUUCUGCUAGAAAGAGUAAUAUAUCUGUUUGCACAGGGGCCAUGAAGAAUAAAUUCACAGAAGGAAAGAAGCGAUGGACUAUGGUUGUGGACAUCAAUUCUCUUCUGAACAAGGAAUCAAUGAAGUCACUAAAACUUUUACAAGGUCUUCAGGGGACACAUUUGAUCGUUCCAAGAAUGGUCAUAAGGGAGCUAGACUGCUUGAGGAGACAUGGUAGCCUAUUCCGAAAAACGACGGAGGCGGCUUCGAUUCUUCAAUGGAUUGAAGAUUGUAUGGUGCAAACAAGGUGGUGGAUUCAUGUUCAGAGUUCAGAUGAAGGUGGCAGGCCUCCUGCGACGUCUCCUGCUACUCCUCGAUCUCCAUAUACCGAAGGGAGUCAGAGUUUGUUGUGGCGGACAGCAAGCUCAAUUCAAUCCAUCACCCAGAGAAGUUUCAUGGAAGUUCUUUCACCAACUGCAGAAGAUCAUAUCCUUGAAUGCGCACUGCACUUUAGGAGGGGAGUGAAUCAUGGACAGCUCGUUCUUUUAAGCGACGACGUGACCUUGAAAAUUAAAGCCAUGGCUGAGGGAUUAAUUUGUGAAACAGCCAAAGAAUUCAGGGAGAGUCUGGUGAAUCCAUUUUCAGAGAGGUUCUUGUGGGCUGACAGUUCUCCCAGAGGCCUUACCUGGUCUUGCCCCGAUGAUGUCGUCUUGAGGGAACGGUACGAUCGAUGCUCGUCAUGGUCGUUGAAAGGGACGGCUGAGGGGGCAAAGGGUCUGAAGCUCAUUUUGCUUCACAAUUCCCAUUAUGGAAUGCUCAGAUAAUGUAGCCUGCCUGUAUUUUGGAUAAGAGAUUUCUGUUUUCUUUUGUAAUACCAAAUUCUAUUUGGUUCUUUGGACCCGUUUGGAUUACUUAAAAAAUGAAGAGCCGUUUUGCAGAUU